AUGGCAUCUAGCGACAUCAAGCACGACUACAGCAUGGAGGCAGGAUUGUUGAACACUGACCGAGAAGAGAGAAUCAUGUCGUCAAAGGAAGCACUACUCCAGGAUUCGGAAUCUGCCCAGACCGCCCCCAGGACUACCAGAAGGAUAUCGCCAGCUGGCAAGGCUUUGAUUGCUUUGGCUGCUUGCUGUCUGUUGGGAGCCGGUGUGGCAUCUAUUGGUGGCGCUACUCGCUUCUGCCCUGGACAUCUUCGCCAUGGAGAUUUUAUCGGAAAGCAUGGCAUGAACGCUCACCACUCAAACCUGUCCGAGACUGUGGCCAAGAUGGUUCGACGACAAAACACCCCAGGAGCUAGCGACACAGCGGAGCCUGCUACUGAUCCAACAAAUGGUACCGCUGAUGAGGCUUCCGAUGAACCAGGACCUACAGCUCCCACGGCUCCUACUGCCCCUACUGCUCCUACCGCACCAACAGCUCCCACAGCUCCUACAGCUCCCUCAAACACCGCAGCGGCACCCUCAGCAACUAAUGAGGAGCCCACGGAUGAUGCAAGCGAGCCUGUAGAGCAGCCUUCAGCUACCCAGGAUGAGCCAUCUGAGCAGCCCAGCAACCCUGCCACCAACGAUCCAUCACCAACUCAACCUUCGGCUACCCAACAGCCAUCCUCUACGAGUGAGCCCUCCUCACCCUCGCGUCCCGCGAACUCUGAACCUGACGAACCGACCUCUAACCCGGAUACAGACCGACCUUCUGCCACUGCCCAACCUACCAGGGAGGACUCUGCCACUGAUGACACCCCCUCUGCCACGGAAUCAGACGAGGAGCCUACCCAGCCUGCUUCCAACACGGCUCCUACCCAGCAGACCACUCGCCGUACCACGGCGACCCAGCCCAGGUCAACUGAGGAGUCCGACCCCGAAUCAACCGCCGAUUCCGCCUCCGGUACGUCCGACUCGGAAGAGGAACCUUCCGAGACUGCUCCUUCUUCUCGUGCUUCAACAUCCAAUCCUGCUUCUCCAAGUGCUCCAACCUCCACUGCUGCCAGUACGUCUACUCGAAGAACCUCUUUGCCUGACCCUUCUUCUUUUUCUGAUUCGCCGUCCGAAACGGCAUCUUCGGGUGAGACAAAUCAAUCCACCGUUUUUGAUGAUGCCUCUGCUGCCGAAACUGCCACCGCCCCCUCAUCCACUGCCGCCGGUGCGUCUACCAUUGCCGACACUGCCACCGUUCCCCAAUCCACUGUCGCCGAUGACUCCACCAUUGUCGACACUUCCACCGUCCCCUCAUCCACUACCAACCGUGCGAGCAGUGUCGUUUCUGAUUCGACCUCGGAACCAGCUUCCAGGUCAACUCAGAGAUCGACUACAGCUUCGCAGGCUUCAGAGGAGAGAGAGACGAUCACCGAUGAGCAGGAAACCGAGACUCAGACAGACGAGGCUACACAGACUGAUGAGGAGGAAACCGCAACUGAGACAGAGUCUGCACGAAGCACUGUCACUGGCUCUGGUACUCGCCGAACAUCAAGCGCUGUGCCCAAGACCUUCACCUCCACCCUCGAGGAUGGCGGUGUUACCACCCUGACCUCGACCUCUUGGGUCGAAGUCGUCCCUUCAGCCGAAGCUACCGGCAGCAGCGACCCUGACCUCCAGAACGCCGCUCCUCGAUCUGUUGGCUCAGUUCUUGGUGCCGUCGCUGGUAUGAUCUUUGGUGGUGUCAUUCUUCUGUAA